AUGGGCUUCCCGCAGGCGCUGCUGGCGCUGGCGGGCGCGGCGGGGCUGGCAGCCCUGAUCCUGCUGGUGCUGGGCAGCAUCUACUUCGAGGCCACCAACUCCGAGCUGCCAGCCGGGCUGGAGCAGCCGGCCAGGCUCCGCGUCAUCCACGCCUGCCGCAUCGGGGCCGCGGUCCUGGGACGGAUCCUGGAGAACCUGCGCCUCUGCACCCAGAUCCAGUUCGUCCGGUUUGUGCGCAACGCCCGGACGAGGAGGAGAGACCCCGCCCUCUGCGUCCAGGACGCCGCCUUCGAGGGGAUCCCCGUCCGGAUAUACCGGCCCAAAGCGCCCUCGGCCGCUGGCCCGAGGAAGGGCGUCGUGUACUUCCACGGAGGGGGCUGGAUCUUCGGCAGCUUGGGGAGCCAGGAGCACCUCUGCUGCUAUUUGGCCAGAGAAAGCGACUCAGUGGUUGUGUCCGUGGCGUACCGCUUGGCUCCUGAGCACAGACACCCCGCCCAGCUCAACGACUGCGUUGCUGCCUCCACCCACUUUCUGAAGGUUGCCGAGGACUACGGGGUGGACAGCAGCCGGGUCAUCCUUGCUGGAAAUGAGGCGGGCGGGAAUCUUGCUGCCAGGGUCUGCCAAAUCUUAGCAAGUGGAUCGGGCCCCACCAAGGUGCAUGCUCAGAUCCUCCUCUGCCCCGUUCUCCAAGCGGUCGACUUCAACCUGCCUUCCUACCAGCAGAACCGUGCCGUGCCGCUUCUGUUUCGAGAACGGGCCGCUUUCUACCUGUUGCAGCGCUCGACGGGAGACGCUUCGCGCCUGGGGGACGUCUUGGAAGGGUCGCACGUCCCGCUGAAACUGAAAGCGCAGUACAGGAAGUGGCUGAGCGGUGACCUCCUCCCGGAAGGGUUUAAAGCCAGGGGCUACAAGCCCACCGCCUGCCUUUCUUCGAGAGAAGACGUCUGCGAGGCCCUUGAGAGCCUGACUCUGCCCGAAUGCUCACCGCUUCUGGCGGAGGAGGCUGUCCUCCGGCUGCUUCCCAAGACCUUCAUCCUGACCUGCGAAUACGACGUCCUCAGAGACGACGGUCUGCUCUACAGGAAGCGCCUGGAAGAGCAGCGUGUCCCGGUGACCUGGCUCCACCUGGCGAACGGAUUCCAUGGGAUUAUAGACUUUUUUGAGAGAGGCUGGCUCGGUUUCCCAUCUGGGAAAAAGGGGGUGGAUGAUAUUGUCAGCUUCAUUAAAGGCUUAUGAAAUAACAAGAAUAACAAUAUUGAGUCGGGAGGUAGAAGACAUACAUCUGUCACCGAUUCAGUCCAGUUGGGACCAGCCUGAGCACAAAAGGCUGAAUUGCUCUGGAGCCUGAGCAGUGGCCAAGCAGGGGGGAGGCAGAGGCUCUCCAGGCUUCCCAUCACGGAGAAGAGAUCGGAGUGACCUUCUCUCGGGCAGAACGGGGGGGUGGGGUGUCCAUGCCGGCUUCAUGCCAGCAUGGCGGCCACGAGAAGCAACCACAUCAGACUGUCCUAUGGUACUGGAUUCAGUGUCUGCUGUUUUAAUGGGCUGUUAUUCCGAAUGGUUGGUUCAUUGUGGUAUUUCACUUAGAGUUCCAUGGCAUUCAUUUUGUUUUAUUUGCACGCUGACUUGAGACUCAGAUUAUUUGGGAGACUAAAUAAUAAAUGUUAGAAACAA